AUGAAAAAUUAUUUGCAGUCGUGGAAUGAUGCAUUUCGUGGCGAACCUCGGUUACAAGGCGUUUGUCAAGUAUACGAAGAACUGAAAGCCAAGGGCGUUGAAUUUCCUAUGACUAAUCUUGACAAUAUGGCUCCAAUAAUAACUCCUAAGAGAACAGUAUUUUCUACUCCAACGGAUCGUUUAACGGAUUCGAACUUCUCGCAUGCGGUUCCGCAAAAUAUACUUGAUCCAUCGCAACACGUCAGGCCUACGUCUAAGCAACUUGAAAAAUUGAGGAAAGAGUUAGACAUCGUCAAUAAUAAUCUUAAGGUCUUGCGUGAAAUGUUAUCAGAACUGGCACCUGGUAAAGAACAGCCAGAUGAUAUGGAAUUACUUGUUGAAUUACAUGCAGUUUGCAAGCAGAUGCAGCAACGCAUACUUGACCUUAUUCGUUCAAUUGUUAAUGAAGAAGUUACUUAUGAAUUGCUUAUUCUUAACGACGAAUUUAAUAAUGUCUUUGAAAAGUAUGAUCGUUAUAUGUCAAAUCGAUCAAGUGGAAAUAAAGCAAGUGAUUCUCAGUUAGUUGAUACUGAAGAACAGAGGUUUAAUGAGCAGUUAGAAGCCAUGCACAUCACUAAUGCCAGACAUACUCGCCAGAGCACGGAAACAAUUUAUGCUGAAAAUUCAACAAGAUUAGAUCAGGCGAAAAUUGGCCUCGCGAAGGCUGCAUUUAAUAAAUCAGCUUUAAUGAGCGAUAGAGAAGCCGAUGAAAUAUCUCAAUGGCUAGAAGCACAAGAAACAAAGUGCAAUCCCACAGUCAGAAAUCCUGAUGUUCCUACUGAAUUCGAUCCAUUAAUAAAAAAAGAUGACAAGAACGAUGGGCUGUGA